CUCCUCGCUGCCCCCCGUCCCCGAGGAGCCCCCGGCCCACCUGGGCCAGAUCCAGCCCGAGCUCUACGGCCCCGCCGGUGACCCCGAGCCGGGCGGCGCCCGCGGUGGCCACGCCGGCGGCCCCGGUGGCCCGGCGCCGUCCUGCGGCCGCCUGAACGUGUCCCUGCGCUACUCCUACGGCUCCCAGCAGCUCCUGGUGCGCGUCCUGCGCGCCCGGGACCUGCCGGCCAAGGACUCCAACGGCUUCUCGGACCCCUACGUGAAGAUCUACCUGCUGCCCGACCGCAAGAAGAAGUUCCAGACCAAGGUGCUGCGGCGGACGCUGAACCCCGAGUGGGACGAGACCUUCAGCUUCGGGGUGCCCUUCGCCGAGCUGCCGGCGCGGCGGCUGCACUUCAGCGUCUACGACUUCGACCGCUUCUCGCGGCACGACCUCAUCGGGCAGGUGGUGCUGGACAACCUGCUGGAGGCGGCCGAGGCGCGGCCGGAGAUGGCCAUCUGGAGGGACAUCCAGGAGGGCACGGGGGAGAAGGCCGACCUGGGCGAGGUGAACUUCUCCCUCUGUUACCUGCCCACGGCCGGGCGCCUCACGGUCACCGUCAUCCGCGCCUCCAACCUGCGCGCCAUGGACCUCACCGGCUACUCAGACCCCUACGUGAAGGCCUCGCUGAUGGCCGAGGGCCGGCGGCUGAAGAAGCGCAAGACGUCCAUCAAGAAGAACACGCUGAACCCCAACUACAACGAGGCGCUGGUCUUCGACGUCCCCCACGAGAGCGUGCACCACGUCAGCCUCACCAUCGCCGUCGUCGACUACGACUGCAUCGGGCACAACGAGGUGAUCGGGCUGUGCCGCGUGGGCAGCGACGCCGACGGCCCCGGCCGCGAGCACUGGGCGCAGAUGUUGGCGAACCCCCGCAAGCCCAUCGAGCACUGGCACACCCUGGUGGAGGAGAAGGCUCUGACCAAGGCGGCCCCGCGGGACAAAGCGGCCCUGGGGGAGCCCCUGGGCCCGGCCUGAGCG